CUUUACUGGAGCCAUAACAAUGGCGGACAACAAAACAAAAACAAGAUUGUUUGACUUCUUUCUCCUCUCCGUGUCUUUGGUUGGUCUCUGUUUAGCUUCAGCAUCAGCACAAAGUCGCAAACUCAGUUUCGGCGUGAACGACCAGUUCAAGAUACUGCAAGUGGCGGAUAUGCACUUCGCAAACGGCGCGACUACUCGGUGUAAAAAUGUUCUUCCUAGCCAAUUGGCACACUGCUCCGACCUCAACACCACCGCCUUCAUGUCGCGAGUCAUCGCCACCGAGAAACCUGACCUCAUCGUCUUCACCGGUGAUAAUAUAUUUGGGUCUGAUGUUAAAGACGCUGUGAAGUCCAUGGACGCUGCUUUUGCUCCAGCAAUUGCUUCUAAGAUCCCUUGGGUUGCUGUUUUGGGAAACCAUGAUCAAGAAUCUACGUUGUCCCGACAAGAACUCAUGAAUUAUAUCGUGAAGCUUCCCAACACUUUGUCUCAAGUGAAUCCUCCUGAGGCUGCUCAUUACAUCGAUGGGUUUGGUAAUUACAAUCUUGAAAUCCAUGGAGUUGCUGAGUCGAGUUUACAGGACAAAUCUCUUCUCAAUCUCUAUUUUCUAGAUAGUGGAGAUUACUCUAGUGUUCAGUCAUUAAAAGGUUAUGAUUGGAUCAAAACUUCUCAGCAGUUCUGGUAUGACCAGACUUCGAAACGUCUCCAGAGGGAAUACAGUGAAGAGCCUAAUUCUCAACAAGGUACAGCUCCAGGAGCCCUAGCUUACUUCCACAUUCCAUUUCCGGAGUUUGAUAACUUCGACACAAAGAGCGCCACGACAGGAGUGAGACAAGAAGCUACAGGCUCAGCUACCACAAACUCAGGGUUCUUCACGACACUGGUAGCUAGAGGAGAUGUGAAGUCAGUGUUUGUGGGUCAUGACCAUGUCAAUGACUUUUGCGGUGAAAUCAAAGGUGUGAAUCUAUGCUAUGGUGGUGGGUUUGGAUACCAUGCGUAUGGCAAAGCUGGGUGUGAGAGGAGGGCGAGAGUUGUUGUUGCUAAUUUGAACAAGAAGGGUACAGGAAGCUGGGGAGAUGUGAAGUCGAUUAGAACAUGGAAGAGGCUUGAUGAUGAGCAUCUCUCUGUUAUUGAUGCUCAGGUUCUUUGGAACAGUUCUCCAAGCGGAUCGGGUGUUUGUCGUUUAUAAAUCUAUGUUCUUAUGUUUCAUCUGAUUAUGAUAAUUUCGGCUUUGUAGAAACGGAAACCAAAUAAUCCACACUUAUAUUGAUGAAAAAUAUCCCACAUCGAAAAUAUAAAAAUUAAUCUACUACUAUAUAAAGGGUUAGGGUCAAUCCACUAAUCACCAAUUGGUUUUAAGUUGGAAGCCCAUAAUCAAACCCGAAUAUAACAUGGUAUCAGAGCGAUAAGAUCCUUUGACCUAAUUUACUACACCUACUACUACUAUACCGAUGUUGGGCCCUUUGUGGAUGUUAUUCCCACAUUGUCCACGCUUCAGAACUAGAUGUCUGAGCGUGAGGAAGGGUAUUGAUGAAAAAUAUCCCACAUCGAAAAUAUAAAAAUUAAUCUACUACUAUAUAAAGGGUUAGGGUCAAUCCACUAAUCACCAAUUGGUUUUAAGUUGGAAGCCCAUAAUCAAACCCGAAUAUAACAACUUAUAAUAAAACUGCAUUUCAGAUUAACUUUGUUUGGUUCGUCUUUAGUAAUCAUCAUGACUUUUUUUAUCAAGUUAAAGAAGGUACCGUUAACUUGGCGCCAAGUCGCCAACCAAUUAGGUUCUUUUAACAAAAAAAAAACAACACUGCAUUUAAUAGUCGGUUGAUUGAUGAUGACUGGUAAAAGGAACCUAAUUAUAUGUAAAACAUUGACCAACUAGAGCAUUAUGAUGAAUUCAAAGUAAACAAAUUAAGAAAAAUAUAAAUUAUGAAGUAUAUAGUUAAAUUGGAACCGCAAAGAAAAAGUCACCAACUAGAGAGCAUUAUGAAUUCAAAGUAAGAUGGAGGCACUAAGAAUCAUAUUGAGUUCAUGUAAAAGAAUUCUGAAGCAUCAAUUCAAAAUAAAUAUAAUAAAAACCGAACCAAAACGAAUGCAAUGACAAUACUCCCAAUAGAUUCAUUAUUACACACCAAUAAUUUGUUUUUGUAUAUCAAGAGAUACAUAAUAUCUUCAGUAUACCUUGGUGAAUCAUACCAAUAAUAUUUGUUCAUCCCAUAUUUCAUAUGAAUAGUAAAAUAAUUCGAUUAUAUAAACAGCACAAGUCAAUGCUUGAAAUGAUUCAAAACUUAGAAACUAAAAUAAUUUGAUUAUAUGUAAUUCAAAACUUAUCAACUGUUAAUUUAUAUUUACUGUCAAGGUCAAGUUAUUCGGUAUAAACGAUGAGAGAAGAGUACUUCACAGCUUCAAGUUUCAGAACCUAAGGAGGUUAUAUGAGAUCUUUAAAACACUAGUGUCUUUUGUUGGUGUCUCUCCAAACAUGCCUAUGUAAGUGUAUAGAUUUGUAAACUAUAGAUAAAAGAAACCUUUUUUUAUUGAAUAUAAAAGAACUCAUUGUAGAACCUCAUAAAAGGUGGCAGUAUAUACGGAUACGACAGCAUAAACAUGAAAAACCUUUCUAAAAUUAAGGAAUCAAAAAGGUAAAAAAAAAACAUGAAAAAAUACAGAUCAUAGAGAAGCCUGAGAAGUGGGUUUUUUUAACGUUGAAGAGCUUCAGAUGCCCUAUGAGAAGCAUGCUUCAGCUGAAGCAGGAGCUUCAAACCUUUCUCCGAUGUAAUGUUGGUGACGGGAAUACAGCCUCCUUUUGGUAUGAUUACUGACAGAGCUAGGUCCAUUACAUCUCAUGUUUGGUUCUUCAGGGGCUCGGUCUCUGAGAAUACCUCUCAAUGCUACUGUCUCUCAGGCGGUUAGUAAAGGAAACUGGAACCUACCACCAGCUCGCUCUAAAUCGGCUGAGACUCUACAGAUCAUUCUAUCGACUAUGUCAGUCCCGUCUGCUGAAAGUGGUGGUGAUGUUUAUUUGUGGCGUAAUCAAUCUGGCGGCUUUGGUCCGUCUUUCUCUGCUCAUGUUACUUGGGAGAGGAUCCGUAUGCCUAGCCCUUUAGUUCCCUGGCAGUCCGUCGUGUGGUUCAAAGAGGAGCUCCCUCGUUGUUCCUUUAUAACUUGGACUGUCUAUCUUGGAAGAUUACCUACGAGGGACCGCUUGAUCUCAUGGAGGCUAUCUGUUCCAACAGGUUGUGUCCUAUUCUCUGCAGCUGAUGAGUCUAAUAGCCAUCUUUUCUUUGAGUGUGUUUUUGCGGCUGCUACUUGGUCUCGUUUUUGUGGCAGGUACAUGGCGUCUCCCCCGGCUUCGUUAGCGGCAGUCCUUGACUCGCACUACAAGAAAACAUAAUCUUAACGAGGGCGGUUUUCCUCGUUAUUUCGUCGUAAAAGAGGCUUUACGACGAAUUAGCGAGGAAACGCGUUUGCUCGUUACACGUCUGUCGUAACACAUAUUUCCU